AUGCGAUUACUGGGGCCGCGACGUAAAGGUUAUGGGUCUGAAAAUAGAGAUUGGGAGAUUAUUCUUCAUUCACACCAGUAUCUGCGUCAUCCGUUUUCCAUCGCUGUUUUUGAGGAUCGUAUUUACUACACCGAUUGGGAGCAUGACGGAGUUAUCACCAUCAACAAGUUUACUGGAGGUGAAAUGCGUACGGUGAUGCAAAAAGUUUCGACACCCAUGACGGUCAGGAUCUAUCAUAGACAAGCGCAGCCUAAAUUUGAUAACAAGUGUCAAAACUCUGGAUGCGAACAGAUGUGUUUGCCUCGAGCAGUCUACCGUAAGACAGAAAAAGAUCUUGAGGUUGAGUGGCAUGAUCGUCCUUACGCAUGUAUGUGUCAAGGGGAUACUCCUGCUGACCUUAUUGAAUGUGCAGUGGAUAUUGCAACUGGUGGAGCUGGACGUGGAUUCUCCCUAAGCACAAUGCUUUUCUUCUUGAUGAUGGCCAUUUUCGCGGUAAUGGUGCGUUUAUCAGUAAAUCAUUCUCUGAAGUUCCUGGAUCUCGUCCUC